GUCACAGGAAGUGCCUUCUGAUACCCAGCUAGCUAACAUUUAAUGUUCAUGUUAAGUUAAUGGUAGCGUCAGUAAAAUGCUGAACGACAGUGAACUUGCAAACUUACGGAAUCGAUUUAGAAGAGAUGCAGAAUUGCUUAUGCGACCAGCAGAUUCGGGUACCGAAGAUGAAAAGAGUCAAGAGGAAAAAGAGGUCAAACCACUCCCUCGCAUCAAUAAACACUCUGUUUUCUGGAUUGUGGCUUCGGUAGUUGUGACAUACUACGUGGACUUCCUCCGACACAUCAUGGAAAAUGAUGAUAUAAAAAGUUGGUGGUUCAGCGUUGGUCUGUUACUCCUGGGGAUCUGCUUGUCUCUGGCCACAUUUUGCAUUGUGUACUUGGAGUGGUACAAAGGCAUCCAGCACUAUGACCAAGAGUACCCUGCCAUUCCUCCAAUCACCACUGCAGCAUUUAUCGCUGCAUCAUGCAGCUUUAACAUUGCAUUAUGGCCAGUGUGGUCCUUCUUCACUCCACUCAUCCUCUUCACACAGUUCAUGGGUGUGGUCAUGUUCAUCUCUUUGCUUGGAUGAAUAGGAAAGCUUUACCAUUGAGUUAUGGCCAGUGUGGUCCUCCUUUACUCCACUCAUUUGAUUCACACAGUUCAUCGGUGUAAUUAUAUUCAUCUCGCAAUCUUUGUGUUGCUGUUUUUUGUUUUGUUUUGGGGGUUUUUUGUUUUUUUUU